AAGGCAGACCUCCUCCCACGCACACAUUGGUCUGCUGCGGUCCUGCCGUGAUCGUGGAGAUUCCAGAACCCACAGAUUUAGGCCCAAACGGAAAAGUGCAGGCCAGCAGGUUUUACGGCCUCAGCAGGAAUUUAGGCCUUCCCACUCCGAUCUCUUCCACGGGCUAGGAACUAAACCACAGACUGAAGGCGGGGCCAGCGCCGCAGCCCGGAAGAGACCGGCGGACACGAACUGUCAAUCAUAAGCUCCGCCCCCCCCGCGGGAGGUUCUGACAACAGAGCUUUGCGGUGGAAUCCGGAAAUUGAAACGUGCCGGCGCCCGGCACUGCGCCUGAACAGAAGUGCUUCCUUGUCUUCUCUCGGAGUCCCGCCGGAAGUGGAGUCUUCCCCUAUUCUGACAAGAAGUAAGUCUGAAGAUUUGAACUCAUCUUCUCUAAAGCAGUUAUGAUGAAACUUAGACACAAAAAUAAAAAUCCAGGUAAAAGUUUGAAAGGUUGCAAGAAGUCUACAAUGCGGAAUGGGAAGAAAGUAUCCUCCAUAAUGACUUCUGCUCCUCAGUUUGUUCAUUCCAAUGAUCAUGCCAAUCGUGAAGUUGAACUUAAGAAGAAGAGGGUAGAAGAGAUGAGGGUAAAGCAGCAGGCUGCCCGGGAACAAGAGAAAUCCCGACGUAGGACCAUUGAGAGUUACUGUCAGGAUGUUAUGAGACGCCAAGAGGAGUUUGAACGAAAGGAUGAAGUUAUACAGGAACUAAAUACGUUUCCUCAGCUGAAUGAUGAGGCCUCAAGGAAGUCUUAUUACAGGGAGUUCUGUAAGGUGGUGUCAUACUCUGAUGUGAUUCUGGAAGUUCUGGAUGCUAGGGACCCAUUGGGUUGUAGGUGUUUUCAAAUGGAGGAAGCUGUCCUGCAGGCAGAAGGCAACAAGAAACUGGUCCUGGUCUUGAACAAGAUUGAUCUGGUCCCUAAGGAAAUUGUGGAGAAGUGGCUGGAAUACCUUAAAAAUGAGCUACCAACUGUGGCUUUCAAGGCCAGUACACAGCAUCAGGUCAAAAACCUGAAUCAUUGCAGUGUUCCUGUGGAUCAGGCCUCUGAGUCACUGUUGAAAAGCAAAGCUUGCUUUGGAGUUGAAAAUCUCAUGAGAGUCCUGGGAAACUAUUGCCGUCAUGGAGACAUGCAUACCCAUAUCCGUGUGGGUGUUGUGGGCCUUCCCAACGUUGGAAAAAGCAGCCUGAUCAAUAGUUUGAAACGAAGUCGUGCGUGCAAUGUGGGAGCUGUUCCUGGGGUUACCAAAUUCAUGCAGGAAGUGUAUCUGGACAAAUACAUCAGAUUACUAGAUUCCCCAGGCAUUGUUCCAGGACCCAGUUCAGAAGUGGGUACCAUCCUGUGCAAUUGCAUCCAGAUACAGAAGCUUGCAGACCCUGUGACCCCAGUGGAGACCAUCCUAAAUCACUGUAAUGUGGAUGAGAUUUCCAACUACUAUGGCAUCUCUGGGUUCCAGACCACUGAGCACUUUCUGACUGCAGUGGCCCACCGCUUGGGGAAGAAGAAGAAGGGAGGCACGUACAAUUUGGACCAGGCAGCCAAAGCUGUAUUGGCUGACUGGGUGAGUGGGAAGAUCAGCUUUUAUAAACCUCCACCUGCUACCCACACUCUACCCUCCCAUCUCAGUGCUGAGAUUGUUAAGGAGAUGAGUGAGGCCUUCAACAUUGAGGAUACUGAAAAAGCCAAUGAAGACACCAUGGAAUGCUUGACCACUGGAGAGUCUGACGAGCUAUUGGAUGGCAUUGACCCUCUCGAAAUGGAUAUCAAGCAGCUCCAUUCACCUCUGGCAGGUGACAUAGAAAAUAAAGCCAACACGUAUAAGUGUUCAGAAAUUACUCCUGGAUCUGUACUCAAGGAUCAUUCCCGGCAGGCUUGUGGCACCAUACCCAAGGAACAAACCCAGAAUGGAGAUCUCACUGGAUAUUGUGCCAGUUCAAACCAUUAUCAGAAGAGGUGGCCUAAACGCAGUGUAGACUACUACCCUAUGAAUAACGACAUGGAGGACUGCAUUGUGGAUUGCUGUCCAAUGCUGCAGAGGAUCAUGGAUAUUGACCCCCUGCUGCAAGGCCAGGCUCUGGCAUCUGCUCUGAAGAAUAAGAAAAAGAGGCAGAAGCGUUCAGAUAAACUCGGCAGCAAGCUGUCUGAUUCCAUGAUGUCUGCUCUCGAUCUCUCAGGCAACACGGAUGACAAUGCUGGUGACAGAUGAAUUGAUUGACUGUCUCACCUCUUCACUCUUAGUACCAGUUCCAGUGAGGAUGGGGAAAUACAGAAAUACAUACA